CACAGUCAGCUGCCACUGAUAUUAAUGUGUAUCUAUGUUCUACGACUUUUUCUUUCCCCACGGGAGACAAGAGGAUAAACCCUGUUCAUGUGUAGGAUUAGACCGCGAGUGUGUCACAGAGGAUCUGUGUUCAUGGAUUGCCUUGACGGAUCCCCUGGGCAAUUCAGGAACUUCAAGAAGGAUGAUUUUGAGGCUGACUGGAUUAAGUUGGCAGAAUGCAGAUUUGGUCAGGUGUACCAGGUCAGGCUUAAGCGCCAGCAGGAAAAAUGUGCCUUGAAGAGCUUUCACACAACGUUAUGUGCAAACAACAUUUACAGGAGAACAAUAGACGAGGCGUCCAACAUAGCCAAAGUGAAAUUCAAGUACAUUGUGUCCAUCUACGGACUGUGCAGUGAGGUGUCUGCUGUGGUGAUGGAGCACAUGAGUAAUGGCUCGCUGAACAAUCUCCUAGCCAGUCACACUUUGAUGUUGCCAAAGAAGUUCCAGAUGAUUCAUGAGGCCUCUAUGGGAAUGGAUUUCCUUCACAGCAUGACACCUCCACUACUCCAUCUUAACCUCAAAACAUCCAACAUCCUACUAGACGAUUGUCUCCAUGUCAAGAUUUCAGAUUUUGGUUUAAUCCACUGGGAAGAGGGCAUGAACAAUAAAUUGUUCGUGGAGCAUCUGACAGUGAGAGGGAACAUAAGUUACAUUCCUCCAGAGACGUUCAGUCAGUGCCCCGAUCCUCCAGGAACUACCUUUGAUGUGUACAGCUUUGGAAUAGUGAUGUGGGAGAUUCUGUCUCAGCAGAAACCAUAUGCAGGGUGCAGUAUGACCACAGUGCUCUUACAGGUGUCACAUGGUAAGAGACCCUGUGUGGAGAUGAUACCCGAACAGAAGCCACGUGAGUGUGAUCAGAUGAUCGACAUCAUGAGGCAGUGCUGGGACCAGGAUCACAGGAAGAGGCCACAGUUCUCAGACACCGUGAGGAAAACGGAAGCUCUGAGUAAAGUCCUGAAGUUCCCAGGACCAAUCCAAUGUCACAAAAACGGGGAAGAGGGACAGGAAUUAGAACAUCCUUGGCUGGUUCACCCGAUGCAUAAAAUUGCUUUGCCUGAGAUGCCUGACCUUCCCUCAGAUGACCAUCAUGACAAGGACAGCAUUCUCGCUCUGCUGUGCAAAAAGGACUUCAGUAGUUUCAGAAAGUCUGUGAAAAGAGAUCAUGUUUACACACAGUUUUCAGGCGAGAAGAGCCUCCUCCACUACACGGUAGCCAGCGGGGAUGUAGAGAGUGUCGAGCACGUCCUGAGACUGGGUGCUGAAGUCAACUGUAUGACUGCCAGAGGUUACACUCCUCUUAUUAUUGCUGUUCUACACAGGCUUUAUGACAUCAUCUCAUUGUUGCUGGAACAUGGUGCAGCUGCUGCCCAGGGAGAUGAGGACCAGUGGACAGCGCUCCAUUUUGCUGCUCAGAACGGCGAUGACAGGACUGUCCGACUUCUGUUGGACAAAGGAGCAGUGGCGGAUGCCCGGGAAAAAGCCGGUUGGAUGGCCCUCCACCUGGCCUGCCAAAAUGGCCAUGAAACAGUGGUGCGCCUGCUGCUUUCACGGCUGUCAGAGGAAGCAAUCGGAGAACGGGAGGCACAAGGGAGGACGCCGCUCCACCUAGCCUCCGCCUACGGGCAUCUGAAUAUUGCCAAGCUCCUCCUCUCCAAGGGAGCAGAUCCCAACGCUGCUGACUGCUCUCUCUCCACUGCUCUUCACCUAUCAGCUGAGGAAGGCCAUAACAGAAUAGUCAGACAGUUGGUGAAGAGUGGGGUGAAUAUUAACAGUGCAGACAGCAUAGGAUACACUCCACUUCACCUGGCUGCUCUGAGAGGCCAUACAGGCAUAUGCAGACAGCUGUUGUCAAACGGGGCCUGCCCAGACUCCAAGACCCUCCAAGGCUGGACACCCAUGCACCUGGCUGCCUUAAGGGGACAUGGAGCCACGCUGGUCCAGCUGGAGAGUCAGGGUGGUUGUGUGAACGCUGGAGGUGGGAAUGGAUGGAGCCCGCUCCACCUUGCCUGCCACCAGGGUGAGCCGGAAGUGGUGGCAAAGCUCCUGGCAGCCAAAGCCGACCCAAAUGUGUCGGAGGACAGCGAAGGAUGGACGCCACUGCAUGUAGCUUGUACAAGUGCCAGUUUACCAAGUGUCCUCCACUUGAUAUCACAUCAUGCAGAUGUCAAUGCAGUAAACUCAGGAAAGGUGGCACCUUUACACCUGGCUGCCCAGCAUGGCUGUAUGCCUAUUGUAAAGGCUCUGCUGCUGAAUGGAGCAGACAGGACUCUGAUGGACGCUUCUGGAUCCACAUCUCUAGAUGUGGCCCAGAGGUGUGAAAAAUGGGAAAUAGUGGAACUACUGCAGAAGUAGUUCUGGUGAAGGAAACAAUUACAACAUCACACAGCUGGAAUAUUCUCCUCCUUUUGAGUGGGGCUUGCCAUUUUAUUAUAUAUAUAUUAGGGCUGUCAAAAUUAACGCGUUAAUUUUUGCGUUAA